GGAGUCCCUCGUAGCGCCGCUUGCAGCUGGGAAGAUGCUGGGCCGUAGUCUCCUCACCUGGGUCCUGGCCGCGGCUGUCACCUGCGCCCAGGCACAGCAAGUGCCACCGUGGACAGAAGAUUGCAGAAAAUCAACUUAUCCUCCUUCUGGACCAACCUAUAGAGGACCAGUUCCGUGGUACACCAUAAAUCUUGAUUUACCACCCUACAAGAGAUGGCAUGAAUUAUUGGCUCACAAGGCACCUGUGUUGAGAACUUUAGUGAAUUCCAUCUCGAAUUUAGUGAAUGCAUUUGUGCCAAGUGGAAAAAUAAUGCAGAUGGUGGAUGAAAAGUUGCCUGGUCUGAUUGGCAGCAUUCCUGGCCCUUUUGGAGAGGAAAUGAGGGGGAUUGCAGAUGUUACUGGGAUUCCUCUAGGAGAGAUUAUUUCAUUCAACAUUUUCUAUGAACUGUUCACCAUGUGUACAUCGAUCAUAACUGAAGAUGGAAAAGGUCAUUUACUACAUGGAAGAAACAUGGAUUUUGGAAUAUUUCUUGGGUGGAACAUUAACAACAACACUUGGGUGGUGACAGAAGAAUUAAAGCCUUUAACAGUGAAUUUGGACUUCCAGAGGAACAAUAAGACUGUGUUCAAGGCUACAAGUUUCGCUGGAUACGUGGGCAUGUUGACAGGAUUCAAACCAGGACUGUUAAGUCUUACACUGAAUGAACGUUUCAGUUUAAAUGGUGGUUAUCUGGGUAUCCUAGAAUGGAUGUUUGGAAAGAAAAAUGCCCAAUGGGUAGGGUUUAUCACUAGAUCAGUUCUGGAAAAUAGCACAAGUUAUGAAGAAGCCAAGAAUAUAUUGACCAAGACCAAGAUAACGGCCCCAGCAUAUUUUAUCCUGGGAGGCAACCAGUCUGGAGAAGGUUGUGUGAUUACACGAGAAAGAAAAGAGUCUUUAGACGUCUAUGAACUUGAUCCUAAGCAUGGCAGAUGGUACGUGGUACAAACCAAUUAUGACCGGUGGAAAAACACCUUGUUUCUUGAUGACCGCAGAACACCUGCGAAGAAGUGUCUAAAUCACACGACACAGAAGAAUCUGUCAUUUGCUACCAUCUAUGAUGUUCUAUCAACAAAACCUGUCCUCAACAAGCUGACUGUAUUCACAACCUUGAUAGAUGUCACCAAAGAUCAAUUUGAAAGCCACCUUCGAGAUUGCCCAGACCCUUGUAUAGGCUGGUGAGCACACAUCAGCCAGCAUACAGGACAGACAUACUCAGACCUGAAGAUGUGUUCUCCAGCAUGCCUGGUCUCCUUCCAUAGGCUAAGACUCAAGGCCUCUUGUCUUUAGUCAUGAUUGUCCUCAUGUUUCUGUUGUUUACAGAUGUUUUGUUGUUUGUUUGGUUUGAUCACCAUCAUCACUUCCACUUAUAGGUAAAUCCUUUAAGGGACGCCAUGUAGAUAGAAAUUGCCAGUUCAUUUCACUUCGACACUGAGGAAGUGGUAACCUGACCUCUAUGGAACCCAUCAAGGUUCUCUGAUGGUGUUUAAUCCAGUGCCCUGUGUGAUUAAUGUAAAAGUCAUUCACCUUUUCUUUUUUAAUCUACAUAUUUAUGUUUUUCUGUACACCAGUAGCUUUCUUUUUUCCUGGUUCUCUCUUAGAACCACCAUGUCAUUCACCUUUGCUGUUAGUGACAGCAGUGCAGUAUCACUAUGCUUGGCUGGAGUUCCUCAGAUGGAUAUUUGACACAUAUUUUAAUGGGCAAUCAAUAGACCUCUGACUCUGGAAAUGGUAUUUUGGAGGAGUAUAAAAUAACCAUUAUAAAAGCAGUAUUUUUUUUUUAAAGAAUAAGUGUUCUCUUUUUCCUAAUUAUUUUGCCUGCCAGUAACACUUCAAAAACUUGAGUUCAAGAACUUAGCACAAACUCAUUAUUUUAAAUUCUUUUUUUCUUUUCUUUUCUUUUUUUCGGAGCUGGGGACCAAACCCAGGGCCUUGCGCUUGCUAGGCAAGUGCGCUACCACUGAGCUAAAUCCCCAACCCGUUAAAUUCUUAUAUGUAUAAUCAAUUUAAUGUUUUUUCCUUCUAAUCAUAUUUUUUUAGAUUUUCAUACAAUAUAGUAUUAACAAUAUUUUUCAGAAAUCAAUGUAUUUAUGAAAACUUCGAACAGAACUUGUUAUCUUCCUAAUUUUCACAAUUGACAGUGAAAUGUAUUUUGUGGCAGACUGUACCCAUUUAGUUUUGGACAGUCUCAGUUGUGUCAUGAUGCUCAAUAAACAGUCACUGUCA